AAAGGCACGGUAUUUUACCUCUCAGCCGGCGCUCCAUCACCCCGCCACUUCCGUUCGACUGUCCGCCCGCCGCCGUUACUGGCAGCAGCACAUUAAAAUUUUCAAACCCAUUACAAUUCAUAGAAUAUGAAUUGAAAUUUUAAUUAUGAAGAAGCUAUAUCAUCAUUUAUCUUUCAUUUUGAUGCAUAUUCCCAAGCUCAACAAAUACUCAAACUAUAUCAUACAUGGCUACCCAUUUCAAAACAAUCUCAGAAUCAGGUUCAAAUCCACAGUCCCUGUUAGUUUUGAAAUGAAACAAUGCAAUUACUUCAUCUCGAAGUUAUGUAAAGAAGGCAAAAUUGACCAAGCACGUAAGGUGUUUGAUGAAAUGUCUGAACGGGAUACUUGUUUAUGGACUACAAUGAUAAGUGGGUAUGUCAAGUGUGGUAUGAUUAAGGAAGCUAGGAAGCUGUUUGAUAGAAUGGAUGCGGAGAAAAAUGUGAUUGUUUGGACUGCUAUGGUUGGUGGGUACAUUAAGCUUAAUCAAAUUGAAGAAGCUGAGAGGUUGUUUUAUGAGAUGCCGGUUAGGAAUGUUGUGUCUUGGAAUACAAUGAUUGAUGGGUAUGCGCGAAACGGCCGAACGGAGCAGGCUUUGGAUUUGUUUAGGAGAAUGCCGGAGAGGAAUGUGGUUUCUUGGAAUACGAUUAUGACGGCCUUGGCGCAUUCUGGGAGAAUUGAGGAUGCACUGAGGCUUUUUAAUAAGAUGGGGGAGAGGGAUGUGGUUUCGUGGACUACCAUGGUUGCUGGUUUGUCGAAGAAUGGGAGAAUUGAUGAUGCUCGUGAGGUUUUUGAUAGGAUGCCGAUUCGCAAUGUGGUUUCUUGGAAUGCAAUGAUUGCGGGUUAUGCGCAGAAUAAAAGGCUGGACGAGGCUUUAAAGUUGUUUGAGAGAAUGCCUGAGAGGGAUAUGCCUUCGUGGAAUACAAUGGUCUCGGGUUUCAUUCAGAAUGGGGACUUGAAUAGGGCAGAGAAGUUAUUUAAUGCAAUGCCACAAAAGAAUGUCAUUACUUGGACUGCUAUGAUGACAGGAUACAUACAACAUGGUCUAAGUGAAGAAGCAUUGAAAAUAUUUAACAAAAUGCAAGCUAAUGAUGGAUUAAAACCAGCCACCGGAACUUUUGUGACCGUUUUAGGUGCUUGUAGUGACUUGGCAGGUCUCGUCGAAGGACAACAAAUCCAUCAAAUUAUUAGUAAAACAGUUUUUCAGGAGUGCACACAUGUGGUAUCAGCACUGAUAAAUAUGUACUCAAAAUGUGGCGAGUUGCAUGUAGCUAGGAAGAUGUUUGACGAUGGGUUAUCCGGGCACAUGGAUUUGAUAUCUUGGAAUGGUAUGAUUGCUGCCUAUGCACACCAUGGAUAUGGCAAUGAAGCAAUAAGCCUAUUUAAUAAAAUGCAAGAAUUAGGUUUCCAAGCCAAUGAUGUCACCUUUGUUGGACUUCUCACAGCUUGUAGUCAUGCUGGUUUAGUUGACGAGGGACUUAAAUACUUUGAUGAGCUUUUGAAAAACCGAUAUAUACAAGUAAGAGAGGAUCACUACACUUGUCUGAUUGAUCUUUUUGGUCGUGCGGGAAGGCUGAAAGAAGCUUUCAAUAUCAUCGAGGGACUUGGAAAAGAGGCAUCAUUAUCUGUUUGGGGUGCACUACUAGCUGGAUGUCGUGAGCAUGGGAACACUGAUAUUGGGAAGGUCGUAGCUGAUAAAAUUUUGGAAACUGAACCAGAAAAUGCAGGAAUCUAUUCAUUACUCUCAAAUAUGUACUCUUCUGUAGGGAAGCCGAAAGAAGCUGCCAGUAUUAGAAUAAAAAUGAAAGACAAAGGGUUAAAGAAGCAGCCCGGUUGUAGUUGGAUUGAAGUUGGAAAUACAGUGCAAGUAUUUGUAGUUGGUGAUCAAUCACAUUCUCAAUAUGAGAUGCUAGGGUAUUUACUUCUUGAUCUGCACACAAAAAUGAAGAAGGCUGGGAACAUGCCAGAUGAUGAUUUAUUGAUUGAUCUGGAAAUUUAGUAGUAUAAAUCCUUGCUGGUUAUAGCAGUGGAGUUGGAAUCUGGCAAGUUUACUACCGCUGUUUUGCAAAAGGUUCACUCAAUUUGAGCAUACUUAUGUGGGAUCUUGAUAGAAUGCUGAAGGAAGUACCUUGAUCUUUGCUAGAAUGCUUCACGGUGCUUCUCUCUCCUCACGGCGCUUCUCUCUCAUCGUGUGGACGUUCUACCCGUCAUUUUAACUCUUGAGCUUCACUGCCUCCGGUACGUUCGUUUGCCUUCAAUUCUAUGUGUUCUAUCCCAAUGCUCAUUGUUGUAACGUUGUAGUUGUUGUUUACAUGUUUUCCUUUGAAUACUUUUUCUGUUGUUGAGGUUUUUCUUCAAGGUUAGGGAAAUGAAACUAUUCAGUUGAGAUUGAUAUGUACAAAAUGAUCACUAACAUGUUCUUGCACAUGUUAUACAUACUUUGCAUAGAUGUUUCAAGCUCUGGCUAGAGAUCAAUUGGAGCGGCUGAAUGCAUCUCCAUUUGCCACACCAUGGACAUAUCUUCGUGUAUCUUCAGCACUGUUAUUUAUUAUAUUGAUUGAUGUUCUCUGGUACUGCUUACUCUUUUAUUCCUAUUUUUCAUACAAUGCUUGUUUUAACAUAAAUAACUGCUAGGGCUGUGGAACUCAUGUUUUUCCUGUUUGAAUUUAUGGCAUAAUAAAUCUGCUCUGAACCUGUUUAGAUUUAAUUUUCAUGAAAAAUGAAACAAUACUACUGUUAUUAUGCUUCUGAGACUUCCCUUUUUAUGCUCAUAGAAUGAGGCUUUGUCUUAGGAGCAGGCUUUCAAAUGGAAAAUUUGUGAUGUAUAUAAUUCUGGUGGGACAAUUAACCCAAGUUGAUUUGAUUUGUAAGUUUAUAUUCUCUGUUUUGAUGUAAUGGAAUUGUGUAAAACAGUUGUGAAGGAAAGACUAAUGAUAGAUUGUAUGUUGUUUGAAUUAUUGUUACUUGUUUGUGUAGUGUUUCAGUUUGUUCCGUUUUAAUAAGCUAUAUGAACCAAACCUUGUUUAGAAGUAGUAGCUCACUAGUUUUAAGCACAAUCAAAACCAAAUAACAGUGAAGUAAGUUUGAAUAAUUCACAAGGAAGUUCUAGUGUUUGCUAGUGACAAUGGUGCAAAAUCAUUGGUGUUAUGAAGUAUUAGACUAUGGUUUUCAACAGUAUUGCCUUUGCAAAGCAUAUAUUACCUGCAUGUGAAGGGAAAAGGUACGUAUGAUUGGGACUUUGGCAGUCCAAAAUUUAAAUUUCUUAUUGAUUGUGCUAAUUGUAGUAUGAAAGAAAGCUAUAGGUUGUUGUUUUUGUUACUUACACUCCUCUCUUGGAUAGUAUAGGUUUGUUUGCAUCAUCUAUGUUCUGUAUAACUUUUGAUUCAAUUUGCUUGUUGUGGUUUUUCCUUAUGUAUUUUUUCUUGAUAAUGAUAUAUAUUCUGAACGUUUUGUAUCCUCGCAUUUCAAUUAUAAAUUUGUUGAUUCUAAUGAUGUUCAAUUCAUUUUUGUUGUCUUUUGUUUUGAAGUCACAUGAAGAAGUCAAGUGAUUCCGAUUUAAGGUAAUUCCAAGUUGGGACUACAUUGUAGAUAUAUGUGCUAAAAGAUAGAGCAACUUGGAGCAUAACAUGCAUUGGAUGCAGAUGAUGUCUUGAGCAGAGAAGUACAGGUGCAGUCCUUGCGGGAUGUAAUGUGCAUGGAAAUGCUCAUACAGAGAAUGAGAACACUUAUUUAUUACUCUCAACAAAUGUAUAUACCUCAGUUGGGAAGUGGAAAGGACCUGCCAAUUUUAUUUUAGGAUGAAAAACAAGGGCAUGGGAUAAAUGAAUAUACAUUGUUGUAGUCAUUAAGAACAUGUACUAGCGAAAAAACAGGUACUAAUGUGUCUAUUUGUUCACUUUUCUAUUGUGUUUCAUUGUAUAAAUAUUUAUUGUAUAAUGUUCGUUUUAAUUUAAUCA